GAUCCUAUUCCAGAGACUAAUCCUCGCUGUAUACUACCCUGUCGGAUACAGGCGACCUAUUGUGGAGCCAACCUACCCAAUUAGGCAAUUUCCUCGGAUGCUCCCCCGGACGCUUCCCCGCUCCCGUUUCCUUAUUUAUUGUUACCUUUGUCGUUACCUUCAUGUCAGCAACAGCAUGUUGCUGGUAACACCCUCCCCAAAUUCCAAUUAACCAUGAAUUUUGGUCGUGCCGUCCUCGCUUUGUGUGCCUUUUCCCUAUCGGCAAGCGCGCGCAAUGCGCCGUGCUCCUCCGUCGGGAAACCAAUCAUCAUCGACACUGAUAUCUUCUCAGACGUCGACGAUGUUGGUUCCUUAACAGUUGCUAACGCCUUACACAACUAUGGUCUAGCAGACCUGCGCGGGGUUGCCAUAAACACCGGCUCGAAAUACGGCGCGCUGGCCGUCAGCUCGCUCAACACGUAUUUCGGCAACGGCGAUAUCCCAAUCGCAGCCCUGCGCCCCUUGACAAACGAGUCGUUCUUCGACACCCGCGUAUACACCCUGGGCGAGUACGCCAGCAAGCUAGGUUACCACUGGCCACGCUCGCUAAACGACUCCUCAACAACACCAACGCCGGUGGAAUUCUACCGCACGGAGCUCGCGGCCGCGGAAGACCACAGCAUGACCGUGAUCUCAAUCGGAUUUCUAACCAACCUCGCAGCGCUCCUCGACAGUCCCGCGGACGAGAUCUCGGCUCUCGCGGGCCCAGCCCUCGUCUCCGCUAAGAUGAAGGAGCUAGUCGUUAUGGGCGGACGGUAUCCCUCAGGCUGGGAAUUCAAUUUCGGCGGCCGCGAUCCCGCGUCGACGUAUCGCGUUAUUAACAAUUGGCCGCGCGACGUUCCUGUUACUUACUCCGGGGGCGAGCUUGGCGGGGAUAUAUACUCGGGUCAAGACCUUGCGAAGAACGCGCUGCCGGACUCGCCGGUGCUUGCGGCGUAUCAGUGGUAUGUGGGGCGUUGCAGCACCAUUCGCGAGUCCUGGGAUCCGGUCACGACGCUCUACGGGAUACUGGGGAUUGAAGGGCUCAGCGAGCUAGGUAUUGAGAAGAUGUUUCAGUACGCGAAUCAGAUUGGGUAUAAUGAAGUGGUGGCGAAUGGCUCGAACACGUGGGUGAACGAUACGACUGUUUCGAACCAGCGCUGGUUGAAGCUCGCGGAUGGGGUGACGAAUUCGACGGUUGCGGGUGUGUUGAAUCGGUUUUACGCUUAUAAUCCUUCGGAUAGGAAUUGUUCUAUCUAGGUAGAUAUGGGUUAAUUAUAAUUGAAGGCUUGUACCUAAGAAUUUACCCCGUUAUUAUCACCCCUCUUAGG